AUGUCAACAAUACAACGUCCUUCUAGGCCAUGUAAGGAGUGUCAGCGGCGAAAGCUCCGCUGCGAUGCACAGCAACCCAAAUGUGGAUUGUGUCAGAGAGCCCGUGUUCCAUGCGAGGCGUCUCCAGCGGGUAAACGAGGCCCCAAACGAGGUCAUCUGGAUGCCCUACGCAAUCGUCUUGUGCAGCUUGAAGAAACUUUGCAGAACCGACUUGACUCCGAGCAACAUCCGCAGGAGCAUGCACAGGCGCUGCACUAUAGCCCUGGCUCGACCGAUGCCUCACAAUCAACCGACUUUCUGAGAGGCGAUGUUGGCUAUGGCGAUCCGUUGCCUCAAGCCUUCAUGUUACCUGGGCCUUCAAUGGCCGGUGAUGCUGAUACCUUGGGUCUGGGACCAUUUCCUUUUCCUGACCUAGCAGUAUCGCUUCCUCAGAUCGACCGUGGUACCCACGCCGAACUAGACCAAUUGUACUUUGAUCGAGUUCACCCGUCUUUCCCCAUUCUCCACAAGCGACGUUAUCUAAAUUGGUCCAAGUCAACUGCCAAGUCUCGUUCCCAGACUUGUUUGCAGCAAGUCAUGUGGAUCCUCGCUACUUUGCUCUCUACACAAUCUCGUGACUUGAUUAAUCCUUUAUACAGCCGAGUCAAGCAGGAUAUUGACCUCAUCAUAAUGGAUACUGGUCCAUGCCAGUUGGAACUCGUUCAAGCUUGGACACUUUUGACCGUCUGUGAGCUGAUGCGGGCCUUGUAUGGGCAGGCUUGGGCCAGUGCAGGACGAAUGUUCCGACUACUUCAGGGAUUACGCUAUCAUGAGAUUGACAGUCCGAGGAAGGACCCUGUAGCGUCAGAGGGAAUGAUUGAUCCUAUCCGAACAGAAGAAAAACGGCGCGUCUUCUGGAUGGCCUUUUUGAUUGACCAUCUGCUCAGCAUCCGUAAUCGUUGGCCAAUCUGCACACGGUUACCAAUUUCCGAUCAUGCUUUCCAGGCUGCUCAGCUCGGUUCGAGUACUUUCUUAUCUCAAGCCGUAACCGAACCACCCUCCUCAGAUACUUGCUCAUUCAACGAGUGCAUCAUCAUCGCAACACUCAGCGGCCGUGGUUUGCUACGUGAUGUUCACGGCACCAUUUCUGAAGCGUAUGGUGGUUCUGGGCAGAUCCAUAUUGACCACGACGAGUGGCUGAAUCUUGUUCUUGCGACACGAAACCAGGCCCUACGUCAAAGAAACGAUUCUGAUCGUAUGGGGACGUUUGCUCAAAUCCUUGGACAGGUGACUGAGAUUUUGUUCUGCAAAAGCCUGAUGACAAUGAACAAAAACAGUUCGACUGAAAGUUGUACGCAGGAAUAUCGCUGUCGGGUUCUGAGGGCCGCGGAGAAGAUUGUGCUCUUCGCCGCAGACCUCACAGCGUUGCACUUCUCCAUGGUCCAUCCGUUCAUGUUCAUACCUUUAUUCGUCACUGCCGAGUUCUUGUACGAGAACAGAGCGCUUGGAGAUGGUGCAUUCCUAACGCAACUACGAAGCCUAGUUGAUGUGUUUGGACAGUUGACAAAUGUUAAUGAUCACGAAAGGAGUUACCUGGAUUUACUAUCGCGAUCCUGCCAACAAAACAUUGCAAUCAUGCCAGCCACUACCUGCGUUGAGCUCAAGAGGAUCGCCAGAGACUUCUUAGAGGCUCUUGAGGAUCCUAACGACCCUACUAAGGCACAGGCUGUGGCUUCAGCGGAUUUAUCUGUCACGCAUGAAAGUUAUCCUUCUACGGAAGGGCUUGAGCAAUUUCUUUCUGGAUGGGCAAAAGCGAAGCAAUUCAUGCCCAACUUCCGCAUGGAACUGGUCGAUAUGGUAGCCGAAGUUGAUGCGAGCGGCUCAGGUGGCAAAGUUUGGGUCUUUUCCAAGGUGACAGGUGGAGGAGGAGGCACGGACCGGGAUAGUAUCGACAUGAUGUCUAUCAAUGGCGAAGGCAAGGUUUGGAAGACGAAGGAUGUUCAGCGAAUAACAUCAAAACAUUAA